UAUUUGCAAACGAUGCAUUCGGAAGAUGGAUCAUCACUGUCCGUGGGUGAACAACUGCGUAGGGGAGAGGAACCAGAGGUUUUUUGUGCUUUUUACUAUGUACAUAGCUCUAAUUUCAGCUCAUGCCCUCAUCCUCUGUGGAUUUCAGUUCUUUUCCUGCGUCCGGGAUCAGUGGAUUGAAUGCAGUAACUUCUCCCCUCCCGUGACCGUCAUCCUGCUGAUCUUCUUGUGCCUUGAAGGGUUUCUGUUUCUGACGUUCACCGCCGUGAUGUUCGGCACCCAGAUCCAUUCGAUAUGCAAUGACGAAACGGAGAUCGAACGGCUGAAGAGCGAGAAGCCGACGUGGGAAAGGAGGCUCUGCUGGGAAGGGAUGAAGUCGGUCUUCGGGGGACAACCGUCUCUGCUCUGGAUUAAUCCUUUCGCUGGGUUCCGAAUCCGGAGGCUCCUGUUGAGGAGGGCCAAGAAAGGCGCGCCUGAGUUUUCGGUCUGAGCCCGCCCAAUCAUGCUGA